GCCCGUGUCACACCCAUCUUUCUUAUCCUGCCCUCCCCUUCUUUUUCGUGACUGACAUUGUCUGAGAGCCAAUUUUACCUAUCCCCAAACACCCAUAUCCAGAACAUUUUCACUUUACACACACACACACACACACACAAAAGUCUUGCAAUCAUACAAGCAAAAACAAACACAUCGAUUCCAUAUCGCCACGACUGCAAACGAAACAAAAGAUCCAUUAUAGAAACCUCAGGGGAAAACAGAACAGAUAAACACACGCGCAGUACACACGUCCCUUUUAUUUUAAUUUAGCGAACGCGUCGACGACAACCACCCCCUUCUUCCGACACCACCACCCCAGAUAAUAAUACCCCCGAACCCCGAAUUUCUCUCACGACAUCAAAACCCUCAUACCAUACCCAAGCGAAUCCGCGCACCCUAUGCCGUCGACCUAACGACCACGACCUCUCGGAGACGAGCAACCAGAUUACCAAAAAUAAUACCACAUACACCACCGCGCGUUUUGUUCGCCGCGAUGGCUACCUCUCCGCCGGGGUCGCCGGAUGUGCCUGCGCAACGGCCGAUGAGCGUGUUGGUGCGCCCGUCGACGAGGAGUACGAGCCGGUUGAGCAUGACGGGGAAGCUUGGGGGACAAGGGGCAGGAGGGAGUAGAGCGUCGGAUGAGGAUGGGAAGACGAGUGUGAGAGUUGCUAUCCGCGUCAGGCCGCCGCUCCGACCAGAGGACCCAGGAUACGAACUUGUGCCGCAACGAUUCCAGCGAUCAAUGGUGCAAGUCACCUCCCCAACAAGCGUUACAAUCGACUCCCCCCAAGGCCGCAAGCUCUUCGUCUUCGACCGCGUCUUCGGCGAGGACGUCAACCAAGAAGGCGUCUGGGAAUACCUCACCGAGAGCGUCAACGCCUUCGUCCAGGGCUACAACGUCUCCAUGCUCGCCUACGGCCAGUCAGGAGCUGGGAAAUCAUACACCAUGGGAACAUCCGGCCCCGACGACCAGGGCGACAUGGAUGUCAUGGGUGUGAUCCCACGCGCUGCCGCUGCGCUGUUUGAGAAACUCGAAGGCCCGAAACCAGCGAGCAACCGCGACUCCAUGUCCGCCCUGCGCGCGCCGAAGAGGUAUUCCGCGCAACCCGGCGCGUAUGCCGGGAAGCCCGCCGAGAAGAACUGGACGCUGAAGGCGACGUAUGUCGAGAUUUAUAAUGAGCAGCUGCGCGAUCUGCUGGUGCCGGAGCAUGUGCCCAUGGCGGAGCGGGGACAGGUCUCGAUUCGCGAGGAUACGAAGGGGCAUAUUUUGCUGACGGGACUGCAUGCCGUGGAUGUUAAUUCGGUGGAGGAUCUGCUUAAUGCGUUGAAUUUCGGGUCCAUGAUUAGGCAGACGGAUUCUACGGCCAUAAACGCUAAGUCGUCUCGCUCGCAUGCGGUUUUCAGUUUGAAUCUCGUGCAGCGCAAGAGUAGCACUGGUGGCCCGACGCCGAAGUCUGAGAAGCGAUUCUCGGUCCCGCUUGAGGCUAUGACUGGAUCGGAGAGCUGGGUUACAAUUGAUAGCAAGUUCCACUUCGUCGAUCUGGCUGGUAGCGAACGUCUCAAGAAUACUGGUGCGCAGGGCGAGCGAGCUAAGGAGGGAAUCUCCAUCAACGCCGGACUCGCCAGUUUAGGCAAAGUCAUCUCGCAACUCUCCUCCCGCCAAGCAGGAUCGCACGUCUCAUAUCGUGAUUCGAAGCUCACGCGCAUGCUCCAGGACUCGCUGGGAGGCAACGCAAUCACCUACAUGGUUGCCUGCGUUACGCCAGCCGAGUUCCAUCUCAGCGAGACCCUCAACACAGUCCAGUACGCCCAGCGCGCCCGCGCUAUCCAGAGCAAACCCCGCAUCCAGCAGGUCUCAGACGAGACAGACAAGCAAGCCCUCAUCGACCGCCUCAAGGCUGAGGUCGCCUUCCUGCGCGAGCAAAUCCGCAGCUCAGACCGUAACGACAACCCUGCAUCACAUGGAGGAACUACAAGCGCACGCUCUGAUCGCCGUAAUGACGCGGAGAUUGAUCUCCAGAACCAGCUCUUGGAUAGCCAGGAGAGCUACAAUGCGCUUAGCUCGCGCCACGCCAAGCUCAUCUCUGAGAUGACCAAGGCGCGCGAUACGGAGAUAGCGGAGAAUGCGACGAAGGAGGAGAACCUUGGCGAUCGCGCGACGGAGAGGCUGCAGCGCUCGAAUGCGUUUGCGGAGGCUGUUGAGCAGGUUGUGCUGGAGUACGAGGAGACGAUCCGUAGCCUUGAGCAAUCGCUGUCUAGCACGCGCGCGUCGCUGUCGAAUACGGAGACUACUCUUCUCGAGCGCGAGACUAAGUGCGCGUACAUCGAGACGGUGAACUCGCAGCUCCAAGCCCGCCUACAAAAGCUUAUGGACCGCGAGGCGAGCACGGAGAAUUACCUCCAUGAUCUCGAGAUUAAGCUUGAUGGCCACACGAGCGGAGAGGAGAAGAACUCGGCCAUCGUGGCUGAGCUGAGGAAGGAGAUCGCGAGGGUUAGGGAGAAUGAGGCCAGCUGCGAGGAUUACAUCUCUACUCUCGAAGAGCGUCUCGCUGAGUCCGACUCCGAUGCCGAGGUCAUGCGCCGCGAGAUCGAGCGUCUCGAGCACGUCGUCGAGCGCCAACGCAGCUUAGGCAAACUCGACAAACUCCUGUACGAACUCGAUAGCGUGCGUCAAGGUGAGGCCACCGCCGAGACACCCGCCCCCGCCACCACCAACGGCAAGAUCCCGCAUUCCCGCAACAUGAGCUACGCUAGCAGACACGGCCAAUCCGAGGUCAUCCACGAGCGCGACGAGAUUGAAGGCUCUGAACCCCGCUCUCUCGACGAUGAAGAGGAGGAGGAGGAGGAGGGACGCCGCACCCCCAAUGACGUCCCAGCACUCAGCCCAGAUGGCAGCACGCACUCUGAAACCGACGGCCCCGUCGACAACGGCGAGCCCCUCGACGCGGACGAGGCAUCCACCCCCUCCGACACACGCGCGCGCACCCCCACUUUAAGCCGCAAACCCACCAUCGACGUCGUGACAGCCGAGCUUCUCGACCUCCGCAUGACUCACGAGUCCACAGUGAGCGAAUACGAGAACCUAGCAGCUAAAUACGAAGAAGCGCUCCGCGCGCUCGCCGAGCUCCAAGACGUCGUCGAGGAGGGUCGCCAGCCAUACGGGAACGCGAAGAGGGAUAGCAUGUUAUCUGCCGCGACGCCGGCGCAGACGCGCCCGACUUCUUUUUUAGCCGUUGGAGAUUCCGCGGGAGAGGCGCAGUCGAGAUCGCUCUCGUCGGAGUUGUUCUUGGUUGGGGAGUCGCCCUCGUUGAUUGCGCAUGCGUCUGAGGGCGGGGAGGGUGCGGUUGUUCCUGUUCCCCACGCUGAGGAGGAGCGUGCGGUUGAGGAGGAGCAGCAGCAGCAGCUGAGGAGCGUCAGUGUACAAGAUGAAGCUAUUGCUGCUGAAGUCGAGAGUCUUCGCGCCCUCGCCGCUGAGCGGGAAGCCGCACAGCUCGAGCUGGCGGAGAAAUACGCGCAGCUUGAGGAACAGCAUGCAGAGACGCUGGAUGUGGUCGAGGAACUCAAGACGGAGGUGCACAAGGCGAAGAUGGACAUGGUCCCCAAGUCACCCAAAACCGUCAGCCCCGUCAUCCGCCGCAAGUCGAGCCAGGGCAUGAUGAUCAUCGACCGCGCGCACCGCUCCUUCGCGUCCCUCCGCAACAUCGCCUCCGAGCACUUCGAGGCGCAGCCGGAUGUGAUGCAGAAUUUCGAACUUAACCUCAACGCUGCGAUGCAUGAGCUGCAUACGCGCUCGGAGCGGGUGCAGGAGCUCGAGGCGGAUAUGUUGGGAGUGAAGAAGGAGAUGGAGAGUAAGAUGUCGAUUAUCUCGGGGUUGACGAGGGAGAGGAGUAGUAUUAGUCAGGCCCCGAUUGAUAUGUCGGCGCUUAGUCGCAUGCAGGAACAGAUAAUGAGGAGUGAGAAUGAGUUGAGGGUGCAGCAGGAGGUGCAUGCUAAGAGGGAGGCGGAGUUGGGUGAGGAGGUGGAGGGAUUGAGGAGGGCGAUUAAGGAGGCGGGUGUUAAGCCUGCGCCUGCUGCUGCUGUUUCUGCUGCUGCUGCGAGUGUUGCGGCGAAGGAUGUCGAGGCUGAGUCGACUGAGCGCUCGGUGCCGACGGAGGAGCAGGAGAGUGCUAAGGCGGAGCAAGAUGGAGCCAACGCUGAGCGCGAGAGCAGGAUUGCAGAGCUAGAAGACGAGCUGAAGAACUGGGAGGGCAGACACCAGGAGGCCCUCCAGUCGAUGCAAGGAAGCGAGAGGCAGCUACAAGACACCAUCACCAAGCUCGAGAACCAAAUCAAGGCCGUCCAGCGCGACAACGAGAUUGCCACCGCCGCCGCGGCCGCCGCAGCAGCUACAGCCGUUGCAGCAGCCGGAGCAGCCGUCGUCGUCUCAACCCGCGAGCCCGAGCCAGAGAAGGAAGUUGAACGCGGUAUCCCCGUCGAGGAAUUCGAGGCCCAACAAGCACAGCACGAAGAGCGCGUGUCGAGCCUGCAGAAGGAGAUCGACGAGCACCGCUCUGCUGUCCAAGCGAGCGCAUCUCAGAUCGCCCAGCUGGAAGAGGCGCACGCGCUGACAAAGUCGCAGCUCGCUGAUACGGCGAAGGCGCGUGAUCUCACUGCCGCCGAGGCAGAGGAGCACAAGUCCCUCGUGUCAAGGCUUUCGGAGCAGAUUUCCGCGCAUGAGGGUGUGGUGAAGGCUCACCAGGAUGGGUUGGCUGAACUGCACGCUAGCCAUGCGAGGGAGGUGGAGGAGGUUAGGGAGAGCGGGAAGGCGGAGCAGGAGGUUGUGCUGUCGAAUCUGGCGGCGGAGCAUCAGGUGAGUCUUGAGGCUAUGAAUAAGGAGCUCAUGGAUGCCCGUGAGGGGCUCAUCAGCGCUGCUGAGAAGGUCGCUGCUGCUCUUGGGGUUGAAGCUAGCGUCGACGCGCUGGAAGACCGCAUCGCCGAGUUGGCGACCGCCCAUGCUGCGUUAGCCGGCGAGAAGACCCGCGCAGCAGAGAUGGAAAGCCACGUCCUCGACUUGUCAUCCAUAAACGACAAGGUAAUGAAGGAGCUCGAGACCGUCAAGUCCGAGCUCGCCACCCUCCUCUCCACCACCACCGCCUUCGCCGCCGUCCCCACCGCCGCUCACACAACCGUCAAGGAGCAACUCGAAGUCCUCCGCGCCGAGAUGUCGGCCCUCGAGACCAAGAACAAGAAAAACUCCCGCCUGGUAGAAGAACUCGAGGACCAACUCGCCGCGAACUUCGACCAGCACCAAGCCGCCCACAACCGCCUCAGCACCCUCCAAAGCGAGCGCAAUUCCCAGCUCGACGAGGCGAAUGCCGCCAGAGCGCGCGUCGAGCAGGAGCUCAACGCCGUCAGGGAGGAGUACACAGCACUCCAGGCGAAGCUGGAUGAGAUCGCCCUCUCUGACAACACGGCCGGGGCGCGCACAUCCAACAGCAGCAGCUCGACCAUCCGCAAGACGUCGAGCGUGCAAUCGCUCAUCCCGUCGCCGCCUCCCGCUGGGCCCUUGCCGCCGAUCCCGCAUAUUUCGAUCCCGCCGAACUCCCUGUCUCUGUCAGCGCCGCUGAGCCCGAAGGACGCGACGCUCGCGCUGGCGCAGAUGCAGGAGGAUCAGGAGGCGAAGAUUAGGAGUAUUGAGAAGCAUCUUAGCGCUGAGAAGCAGCUUACGGCUACGCUGGAGGAGGCGCUCACGGAUCUGGAGAGGCAGAGUAAUAAGGUUAAGGCUGAGGCGGAGGCGUGGAGGAGGCGCGCUAUGGAGGCUGAGGCUGCGAAACGCGGGGGGGAGGAGGCGAAGAGGAGACUGGAGGAGCAGAGUCGGAAGUUGGAGGAGCAGGUUGCUGAGGCGAAGGUUAGGGAGUUGGAGAGGGUGAAGAGCGAUGCGGGCGGGGGGGAGGCGAGGUGGAGUAUUCAGAGAGGGGAGGCGGAGAGGAGGAAGAGGGGCGAGGCGGAACGGGUGACGAAGCAGUUGGAGGAGAGGAUGGGGAAGGUGGCGAGUAAGAAGAAGAAGGGGAGCUUGAAUUGCUUCUAGUCUUCUUCUUUCUUUCCUUCUGACUUCCCUCUUCCCUCCCUUUCAUGUCGAUCUUCUGACUUCCUUCUGAUACCCCCCCUUUUUCUGUUUCUUCUAAUGACCCGGGGAUGGGAGUGGGGGGGGUUGUAUGGAUGUACGCGUUUAUGUAUACACCUUUUGUUUUUUCAUCUGCGAAAUUGUGGAUCGUCUUUUAUCUAUUUCACGCUCUGUUGGUCGAUGCGCGAUGCGAAAUAUAUCUAUCUGGCUUCGGAGCAGGGGGUGGGGGAUCUUUAGUUUUUUUUUUUUUGUUACAUUUAUGGUUUCUUAGUUUUUUUGGGGGUGGAG